UCUGAUCUGAUCUGAGAAAUAUGUGUCAUUAUAUGUUAAUUAUUUGUUUUGUACACUCUAGACCUGUUCCGGAAAUUUAUACCUUCCCACGCUAACCUCUGGCGGAGUCCGCUCUACAAAAUUUAGCAUCACAAUAUAUUUGACGCAUCAACAGAGCUGGACUCCCACCAUGUGGUUUAGCUGUAACAACGCAGAUCAGUGCGCUGUCGUCCGUCAGGGCUACCAGGUGCUGGCCGAAUACCAUCUGAUCGAGCAGGAGCAGCUGAAGAACAUCUAUGCCAUACCCAGCUACGCCAGUGCACUGCACUGGUACGGCAUUAUCUUCAUUCACAGCGGAUUCUAUGCGGAGAGCAUGUUCCGCUUCUCCAUAAUGCUGCCGGAGAACUUUCCGAACGUUGCCAGCCUGCCCACGGUCAUAUUUACAACUGCUUGCUACCAUCCACACAUUCGGCCGCAGACCCAAAGCCUGGACCUGUCGCCCUUCUUCACGGAGUGGCGGAAGGAUUACCACCAUGUCUGGCACUUGCUCAAGUAUAUUCAGGCCAUCUUCGCCGAUCCCGAGAGCAGCAUCUGCUCCUGCGUUACUCCCUCCGGCGAGAGAAUGUACAUGGAGGAAGCGAACAACAUGGAAGCCUUGACCAUACUCUCCACCGACCGAACUGCAUUCAUUAGCAAAGUGCAACAACUGGCUGCAUUCACCAGGGAACACAUAUACGACUCGCCAACAUCCAAUGAUCCACACUACAUUGUCGUCGAACCCUUCUGUUCGGAGCAGCACGAGAAGGUUAUGGAGCAGCUGAAGAGUCCCAGCUGGAAGGAGGCGACCUGUAUUGACACUCUCCCGCCAGCUCAGUGUUUGGCGUGCAUCGACUCAUCCAGGCAAAUGGAUGAAGAGGAAGCCAAUCAGGUUGCCAAACUUUCCGCCAUGAAUGGCCGCUUGAAGCACCCAAAAUUGCAGCGUUAUUAGACCAAAUAAACGAGUAUGUACUAAAAA